AUGAAUCUGACAGGUGUGCUAACACUUCUAUUUCUGAUUACGGUCAAAGCGUCGUGUCCGUGGGACGAUACUAAGCUGGUAGCAUGGAGUAGCGUGUCUACAUGGGGUGGAUCAGUACCAGUAGAAGACGAAGCAGUAGUUAUAUCGGGAAAGAAGGUUUUGUUAGAUAUUAGUCCACCUGCCCUCAAGUCUAUUACUGUCGAGACUGGUGGUGUUUUAGUGUGGGGUAAUGUUGAUGGUAUAAAACUGGUAGUGGAUCAUAUACUGGUCAAGGGUGAAUUCCAUAUCGGUGCUGAACAAUGUCGAUUCACCAAUAAGGCACAUAUCCUAUUGACAGGUUUCCCCAAUACAACAAACACCGUGUCUGGAUUUGGUAGUAAAUUUAUUGGUGUUCCUGAAGGAGGUACCCUGGAAAUACAUGGUGCUGAUAAACUACCAUUUACCAAAUUGAUGCAAACAAUAUCUGCUGAAACCUUGACAUGUGGUGUUCUUUAUACUCAUAGGAAUAGUUCAUUUUCCGAAGAAGAUAGAUUUGGUCUCCAUGUAACUAUAUGGAGAGAUGAUGGUUCUCUAUAUGAUUUCAAUGUUUAUCCACUGGGUGAUUCAUCUGUAAUCAAUCCUGAACAGGAUUUUAAAGAUUUUGUGGAUGGUGUUGAUGAUGGUUUGAUAGUAGGUGUAGCUGUUUAUGGUGACAUCGGUGUCAAUUUGAUCCCAAAUAGAAAUUGGGAACUUGUUUAUUCUAGUGUUGAAAAACUUGGUGGAUUAACUUCCGGUUCAAGUGAAAUCCGCAAUGUUCAGUCCAAAGAUGCUUAUGCGUUCAUUACUAAAACAGGAGAAGGUUCCUCGACGAAAGAGGAAAGAGCAAAAUCAUUAUACCUCCAAGAGUCUACUGCAACGUCUAAACAAAAGUAUAGCAGUAUUGCUCGGGGAUUGGAAUUCAGAAGUAGAAGCAUUGUCAAAGCUGUCACUAAAACUAAGAUAGAGAAUCAGGUCGACUUUGAUGUGGUAUCAACUACAUUUUCCCAACCUAUUAUAACUGUUCGAGAUGAUGUGUCGUCUUGGAAUGUAGGCGAUUUCCAGUAUCCACAUUUUGGGGAAAUAACUCACGGUGUGGAUGAACGAGCGGAAGUAGCUCUCUUAACAAGAAACAUACUGAUAGAAGGAGGCCUACAAGAGCAAUGUUAUCAUACCACUGAUGCUGAAGCUGAUUUGUGUCAAAAAUUUCAAAGAGACACAUUUGGUGGUCAUGUUAAGUUUUUGCGAGGGUUUAAAGCGGUUCACAUUGAAGGUGUAGAGCUAUAUCACAUGGGCCAGCAACUAAUUAUAGGUACAUAUCCACUUCAUUUUCACAUGUGUGAUGAUGUGGACGAUAGUUGGGUUCGUCAAAACAGUAUUCAUAAUACUAAUAAUAGAUGUGUUACUAUUCAUGGUUCUGAUGGAGCUGAGAUCAAGGACAAUGUAUGUUUUGAUCAUAUUGGACAUGGGUAUUUUCUGGAGGAUAGUGCUGAGAUCAGAAAUGUAUUGGAUGGCAAUUUAGGUGUUGGAACACGAUUCGGAACCCAACUACUGACCGACAAACGAUCUGACUGGUGUGGCAGUGUUCAAAAGAAAUCUUGUGGACACCCAGCUACAUUUUGGAUAACUCAUCCAAUGAAUUAUUUUAGAAAUAACGUUGCUGCUGGAUCAGAGAAAAAUGGAUUCCACAUCGUUUAUGCAUAUGAACCAUUGACAUCAUCAAAAGCUCGUCAAGAAAUCCGAAAGAAAGUGUUCCGUAUGCAUGCUAGAAGAUCUAAAUUAGGGCAGUUCGAUGAUAACGUGGCCCACUCUAAUUUAGGAUUUGGUCUAAUGAUGGAUAAUCUGAUAUCUAUGGGCCAAAUCGACCUCCUGACGAAUGAGUUUGUACCAGAGAAUGGAUUACUUGGUUCUAGUGGGUAUGAUCCUCGAGAAGAUCCUUCAGUAAGAAACUCACCCAGGGCAACUAAUCAUAUAAGACGGUUCACUUCCUACAAGAAUUUGAACAAUAUCUGGACUCGAGGUGGAAAUCUGAUCAUUCAUAAUUCUAGUUUCGCUGAUGGUGAAACGAGUAUUUCGUUAACCAGGAGUGUUUUAGAUACCGUACAAGACGUAAGACGGAGUGUAAUUAUUGGCAAUAGUGAUAAUAAAGGACUUGGAUUCAAAUUUACUUAUGGUAAAAUACCAGCGAAACCUUCACAUUACUUUGAACGAGAGCUACCAAAAGAGUCUAAUCCAUUCAACCCCAUGGUAGGAAUAGAAUUCUUCAAUGGACCAGUCCUCGUAACAGAUUCCAUUUUUGAUAAGUUUUAUCACCAAGUAUGGGAUCCAACAUGGGAAAAACAAUAUGGUGUUAAAGCCAUGCGACCUGGUACUGCUAUGGGGUUCAGAAAGAAUUUUCCCUACCCAUCGUUUCCUCAUAGUGGUCCUCGUAACGUUAGAUUUGGAUUCUGUGAUAAGGUAGAUGGUCUGAGUGUAUUUGCUGGUGAUACAUCUCUACUGGCUUAUGCUGACCCUAAAGAUGGAGAUAGACAAGCGACAAUAAGAGAUAUAACAGGGUCUGUGACGGGUAUACCUGAUGUUCAGUUGGUUAGAAAUACACCAUUCUUUAUGGACACUGAUUGUUAUUAUGAUCAGGUGUAUCAAAUGUCGGUUUGUCCCCAUUGGUAUUCUAAGACUCAUUUGAGAGGAUCAGAUGGUGUAUUUAAAGACAAGAAAGAUGACUACCCUAUGUUCAUGGUGAGAGAUGAUGAUCCUGAAAACCCAUUUGCUCUGAAAGGUGCUGAUAUCACAUCCGAAUAUCAUGUCCAAGGAAAGGGUGAUAAAGGGUUGACGUAUUUGACUAUGCAGAAUAAAUCAUAUAUAGCUGUUUUUAAUGGAACCAAUCCAACUAGUAUUAAAAUUAGAUCCAAUAACAUACAAUAUGGAAACUGGAUCAGAGUUGGUAUAUGUUUCCCCAAAUCAACUACCUCAUUUACAAUUAGAGCUACCUAUCCAGAAAUUGACGACAAAAAUCCGCCAAUAAGUGUAUCGUCAAUAGAAGCUUUGGAAGAAGAUGAAACUGGCCGAGCUUAUUUCUGGGACAAGAAAACUGGGUUAUUUUUUGUUCGUUUCGUUGGGCGAUUACAAAGAACGGGGUAUGAGGAAUGUCCAGGAUAUAAGUGUCCGGAGUAUAGAAUAACUAGAAACGAUGGAGGAUCAGCUGUAACUGACUGCACAAGUGACGCUUAUGGUGCUUAUAAAAAAUCCAAAUCAACAAGGGAACCGAUUGUUCCACCGAACACACCUUGUGUUAGAGCCUCUACUGUGGGAUAUGGAGCAACAUCACCAUCAGAACUGUCUAUAACCGUACCAAAAUUUCCCACAUCCUGUCCGGCAUUACCUGCCCACGAGAAACCAACACGUGAAUACAGAGGAUGUUAUGCCACCACAUCCCCAGCUUACCUUACAGCUGGCCGAACUCAAGUUUUAACGGAGUCAAUGACCAUUGAUCUAUGUGUAACGCGAUGUUUUAAUAUGGCUAACAAGUAUGCUACAGUUGCAUUGGGCAGUACCUGUAGAUGCAGCAAUGAUUUCAAUAUCCAGGGUCAACCAUCCAAGUUUUGUGGAAAAGCUUGUACAGGCAAUCAAGAAGAGAUUUGUGGUGGAAAUUCAGCUUAUGGAGUAUAUGAAACGGGAGCUGGUUCUAUAAGUAUCUCGACUAGCUGUGGUUCUGGUAAUGAAGGUGUUUUAAUCGAAGGCAAAUGUUAUAUCUAUAAAGCGGAUGCAGUAACCUAUGUAGAAGCCGAAAAACAGUGUAGGCUAUUAGGUGGAAACUUGGCUUCCAUACCAAAUUCAAGUGUUCAGGUGAGGCAUCCAUUUUCACCCAGGUCAUUUCUCACGUUAAGGUUCGUCUUGUGA